GGCCCCGAGCGCUCCCGGCCCCUCCGCCCGGUCAGGCGGUGCCGCGGGCAGCCCGGGCCGGGGCCUGCGCCAGCCUCCAGCGCUCCGCUCCGCUCCGCUCCCUGCGCCGCUCCGGCCCCCCGCGCAGGUGAGUGCGGAGCCGCCGCACCGGCGCCGCUGCCGUCCGUCUCCGGAGCUCCGCGGAGCCGCUGCCCAAGGAUGUGUCGCCUGCGUCGCUGCCCCGUCCGUCGGUGUCCGGGAGCGGAGCGGCAGCCGUGCGGGAUGGGACUGCACCAGCUUUGAAGUGCUCAGACCCAGCACUGCUAUGGGAGACUCUGUUGUAGACUCAGCCCGAGGGAUAGGCGAGGAGCCGGCGCCCACCUCGGUGCCCCAGGGCAGUGGAGGGACAUCCCUCAGCGUCAUCACAGAGGGUGUCGGGGAGCUGGCGGUCAUCGACCGGGAGGUGGCCAAGAAAGCCUGCGAGGAGGUCCUGGAGAAGGUGAAGCUGCUGCAUGGAGUCUCCUGCGACAGCUUCCCCGCAGCAGGCGGCGGCGGCGGCGGAGAGGCUGCCCGCACCUCACGGCCCGCGGCCGACUUGGCCAAUGGGGAGGUCGGGGAGGGCUGCGAGAUCAGGUGCUUGGACGAUCCGCCCGGCACAGCCUCCAGGAUCCAGGAGGAGGACGAGAGUGUGGCCAACACGGUGAAGAGCGCUCGGAAGCGGCAGAAGAACAACUCCGCCAAGCAGUCCUGGCUGCUGCGGCUCUUCGAGUCCAAGCUCUUCGACAUCUCCAUGGCCAUCUCCUACCUGUACAACUCCAAGGAGCCCGGGGUGCAGGCUUACAUCGGCAACAGGCUGUUCUGCUUCAGGAACGAGGACGUGGACUUCUACCUGCCCCAGCUGCUGAACAUGUACAUCCACAUGGACGAGGACGUGGGCGACGCCAUCAAGCCCUACAUCGUGCACCGCUGCCGGCAGAGCAUCAACUUCUCCCUGCAGUGCGCCCUGCUGCUGGGCGCCUACUCCUCGGACAUGCACAUCUCCACCCAGCGGCACUCCCGCGGGACCAAGCUGCGCAAACUCAUCCUCUCGGACGAGCUGAAGCCAGCUUACAAGAGGAGGGAGCUGUCCGCGCUGAGCCCAGCGCCCGACACGGGGCUGUCUCCCUCCAAAAGGACUCACCAGAGGUCCAAGUCGGAUGCCACUGUCAGCAUCAGCCUGAGCAGCAACCUGAAGCGCACAGCCAGCAACCCCAAAGUGGAAAGCGAGGAGGAGGAGCUCUCCUCCAGUACGGAAAGUCUCAGUCUCGAUAAGUCUCCCUGUCCCCCUGUCAGACUCGCCCCUGAGAGGGAGUUCAUCAAGUCCCUGAUCGCCAUCGGGAAGCGCUUGGCCACUUUGCCCACCAAAGAGCAGAAGACUCAGAGGCUCAUCUCAGAGCUGUCCCUGCUGAACCACAAGCUGCCAGCAAGGGCCUGGCUGCCCACGGCUGGCUUUGACCACCACGUGGUGAGGGUGCCACACACCCAGGCAGUCGUCCUCAACUCCAAGGACAAGGCUCCUUAUCUCAUCUACGUGGAGGUCCUGGAAUGUGACAACUUCGACACCGCCUCCGUCCCCGCCCGCAUCCCCGAGAACCGCAUCCGCAGCACUCGCUCGGCCGAGAACCUGCCGGACUGCGGCGUCAGCCACGAGCACAGGGCCGGCAGCUUCUCCACCGUCCCCAACUACGACAACGACGACGAAGCCUGGUCCGUGGAUGACAUCGUGGAGCUGCAGGUGGAGCUGCCAGAGAUUCACACCAACAGCUGUGACAACAUCUCCCAGUUCUCAGUGGACAGCAUCACCAGCCAGGAGAGCAGGGAGCCUGUGUUCAUUGCUGCUGGAGACAUCAGGCGGCGGCUGUCGGAGCAGCUGGCACACACCCCCACGGCCUUCCGCAGGGACCCCGAGGACCCUUCUGCUGUCGCCCUGAAGGAGCCCUGGCAGGAGAAAGUCAGGAGGAUCCGGGAAGGGUCCCCCUAUGGGCACCUGCCCUCCUGGCGCCUGCUCUCUGUCAUCGUCAAGUGCGGGGAUGACCUGCGGCAGGAGCUGCUCGCCUUCCAGGUGCUCAAGCAGCUGCAGUCCAUCUGGGAGCAGGAGAGGGUCCCCCUCUGGAUCAAGCCAUACAAGAUCUUGGUGAUCUCCGCCGACAGUGGCAUGAUCGAGCCUGUGGUCAACGCCGUCUCCAUCCACCAGAUCAAGAAGCAGUCUCUGCUCUCCCUGCUGGAUUACUUCCUGCAGGAGCAUGGCAACUACAACACUGAGUCCUUCCUGACAGCCCAGAGGAACUUCGUGCAGAGCUGUGCUGGUUACUGCCUGGUCUGCUACCUCCUGCAGGUCAAGGACAGGCACAAUGGGAACAUCCUGCUGGAUGCCGACGGCCACAUCAUCCACAUCGACUUCGGCUUCAUCCUCUCCAGCUCCCCCAGGAACCUCGGCUUCGAGACCUCUGCCUUCAAACUCACCACCGAGUUCGUGGAUGUGAUGGGGGGGCUGGAUGGGGACAUGUUCAACUACUACAAGAUGCUGAUGCUGCAGGGGCUGAUCGCCGCCCGCAAGCACAUGGACAAAGUGGUGCAGAUCGUGGAGAUCAUGCAGCAAGGCUCGCAGCUGCCCUGCUUCCACGGCUCCUCCACCAUCCGCAACCUGAAGGAGAGGUUCCACAUGAGCAUGACGGAGGAGCAGCUGCAGCUGCUGAUCGAGCAGCUGGUGGACGGCAGCGUUCGCUCCAUCACCACCAAGCUCUACGACGGCUUCCAGUACCUCACCAACGGCAUCAUGUGAAGCCCUCAGGCCUCCUCUCUGCCCAUCCUCAGCGCAGCUCCGUGCCCGCCGCUGCCACUGCUGUGCCCAAGCCGGAGAGCUUUGCCCACUCCCCUCUCUUCCCUUCCUUCUCAGCCCCGGGGCGGGGGGAGGAGGAGGAGGAGGAGGAGGAGGAGGAGGUCUCCGUUUGGUCCUCGCUGGUUGAAUCCCCCCCCCCGGGGGAGGCUGCGGCUCAGGGUCCUGCCGCCGGAGCUGCUGCUUUGGACUCCGCAGAGCUCAAACCAGGUAAAACCCAAACGCAACCUGCAGCAGUGGAAGGAGGAGCCUGGGGGGGGGGGGGUGAAAAAGCAAACACCGAGCGUGACCCUCCCCCCACCCUCACCAGAGAGAAAUGGACACGGAGCAGGCGGUGCCCAGUGGUGCCCGGCGGUGCCCAGCGGUGCCCAGCGGUGCCCAGCGGUGCCCAGCGGUGCCCAGCGGUGCCCGGUGGUGCCCAGCGGUGCCCAGCGGUGCCUGCUGCUGCCACACCAGCGCGGGGUCAGGAAAGCCAGCACAGGGCCUGGGGACAGGGGAGCUGCCACCUCCCCCCCCCCCCCCCCACCUCGUCCCCACCUCAGUAUUACCCCCCCCGGUAGGGGGCCACAAUCUCAUGAUGUUAGGACCUGGGGAUGCUGGGGAGGGGCUCAGCAGAGCCUGCCCCACCCCCGCCCCACCCCUUCGGCGCCCGCCGUGACUUGAGCCUUCUGCUGGUACCACUUGAAGGCAGCGGAGGUGAACCCUGAGGGCCCCCUCCCUGCAUGUGUGUGUCCCCCCAUCGGUGUCACUCAGCUCCCACCCCCCCCAACCCCUUUCUUUGUUCCUUGCACCCCUUUCAUCCCCUCCCCCACCCUCCCCUUCAAGGUCCUCUUGGCCCAGCAGCAUCCCAGGGCUGGUAUGGGUAAGGCUGAGCCCCGUGGGGAGGCUGCUGCCCACCCCGGGGGGGGGUGCUCUGGGCGGGGGGGGGGGUCAGGGCAGCCUCCUGCUCCUUUCCAGCACUUUCUCGGGGUUUUUUUUUGGAUGUUUUUGACUCUGUUCCAGGAAUUUGGGACUGUGAAGCUCUCACUCCUCCCCCACCCCCCCACCCCCCCCCGCAAUAGUUCCUGGCUGCAGUUGGGGUGCUGGGGGCAGUGCUGUGUGCCCCCCCCCCCCCAGCCCCCACAAACGCCUCACUCCUGUGGAGCUCUGGGCUGGAAGUGACCCAGGAGCUCAGGGCUGGGGCUGGAGGCUGAGUGGGAGCCUCGGGAGGGCCUUCCAGAGGCAUCCUCAACCCCGGGGUGGGGGAGGGGAGCAAAAUGCAGCCCAAACAUUUUAAACCCCCUCCCAAGCUCCUGGGGGGGGGGGGGGCGGGGGGGGUGUCCAGACACCUUCUCCAGUCCCUUUAAGAGCAUUGAGCACCCCCUCUGCACCCUGCACCCCCCCCACUCUGGGCUUGCCCUGCUGGUCAGAUGGUGCCACCCUGCCAGCCCUUGUGCCCUCCUGUAGCUGCCGGUGCCACCCCCCCCCCACCCCCCCCCACCCCGUGCUGCCCAGGCCCUCCCUUCGCCCCCCCCCCAGCUGUCCUUGGUCUCUUUGUCUCCUCCAAGCCUUUGUCCUGGUGAUUGUUUAGCAUUAAAAAGAGCCAAACCUUC